GACAGUCAGUCUACCCUGAGCCCUGCUGGAUAGUAGCUGUGAGAAGCUGAGCCCUGAGCCUCUUGUAACUCCAUCCUCCUACAUACAGCCCACCAUGGAUGUCAAAGUACUGGCUGUGUUGGUCCUACUGGCUGUGGCCUUGGAUGUACCUCCCUCUACGGCUAAGCCCAUCAGCCUGGUAGAGAGGUGCUGGUGUCGCUCCACUCUCAACACCGUCCCUCAGAGGAGCAUCAGAGAGCUCAAGUUCCUUCACACACCCAACUGCCCUUUCCAAGUCAUUGCCAAGCUGAAGAACAACAGGGAGGUGUGCAUUAACCCCGAGACCAAAUGGCUGCAGACGUACCUGAAGAAUGCCAUUAACAAGGUGAAGAAGUCCAGAAGACGUGCUCAGUAAAGGAGACGUAUACACCAUCCUGACCGGCCUGAAGUGCCCCAGUCCCAGGCCAGCUCUCUUCCUCCUCCUCCUCCUCCUCCUCCUCCACUACUCAGAUAUGUAACUCUGUAGCUACACAUCUCUGCUCUGGAACACUCUGGAACGUUCUGGAAUGCUCUGGAACGCUUGCAAAACCAGCACUUCACCGCCAGACCGACCAUGAUGCCUUGCUGCUGCUGCUGACCCCGCAGCCACCCUGCCUCCCACGCUGCAGACACCUCUCCUCACGCUGUUAGCACCAAGUGCAUAUACCUAAUUAUAUCGGAAUGUGUGAGUACGUGUGUAAAGAGUGUGUGAGUACGUGUGUAAAGAGUGUGUGAGCGCAGUGUGGUUGUUCUUAGUGUGUGUGUGUGUGUGUGUGUGUGUGUGUCUGAACUGAGUGUGUAAGUGUACGUCUGUAUAUAAAGUAUUUUUCCUACUUUUACAAGAGGCAGUAAAGGGACAUUUAAAGUUUUUACACCCGGCUCACCGUCUCAAAUGUGCUGAGCAAGGACUUGUGGGUAUCACCAGGGGUGGGCUCUGACUGAGGGGUUGAGCCCACUCUGUAAGAGGCGACCAAUCAGGGCUGAUCAAACAUUCAUAACAGGGGAAAUAGAUAGUCACCCCUAACUGAUCCAAGGUCAGAUGUUGUUUAAUUCCUGAUGGUUAAGUCUAGGAUGGUAGGGAAGGAAAUCUUAGAUCUGUGGUCAGGGGCAACUUCUAUGUCAAGCCUUAACAAGCAUUCCAGUCUAGCCAAGACAAUGGCGGACAUGCAUUGAUUCAGGUGUUUCAACUCAAGUGAUCAGAAGACAUUAGUUUGAAGUGAUACAUAUCUUUUCAGGAAGAGAGGCUGUGCACUGAAUCACAUGGAGUUUCCAUUCACAAGAACAGACCGGUGAAGAUCCCAAUCAGACGAUGCGUACAGGCCAGGGGUUUCUAACCUCUCCUCGGUGACCACCAGACGUUUCACAAUUUAGUUGUAGUCCUGAACUAACUCACCUGAUUCACCUAUUCAAGGCUGGUUAGUUGACAAGUUGAAUCAGGUGUGCUAGCUGUGGAAUAGAUCAAAUACAUGGAAUGACUGGGGGUCCCCGAGGAGAGGUUUGAAAACCAGUGCUGUAAUAAAGGGAAAGUUAUCUGCUGUAAUACAAGCCGACAGCCUUUAUUGGAGGCAGACAAUUCUGUAUUACAGUUCAGUCCUGUGCUGAAUAGAAAAGCCCACACAAUUAGAAGAGUAACUUAAGCAACUCAGCAAGAGCCAAGGGUUGUAAGAACGAUGGCCUUGUGGGAUAAGAUUGUAAUGCAAAACAGGGAUAAAACCCCAUAUCAAUGCAGAUUUUUAUACAGUUUGUGUGAAUGUAAUGUUGUCCGUUGCUAUAGUCUAGGCUGUAAGGCAUUGAAUGAGACACAGAGUCAUUUUUCAGCAAAACAAGCAAUAUGAAAUUAAUUUACCUCAAUAUUCUGGGUAUUUACCAACAAAUACUGGCGCAAAAUAAUUGCUGUAUUAUAUUAAGUAUAGUAAGAUUCAUUACAUACAUUUCUAUACAGGAUCACAUUGUCUGAUUAUUGGAUUUGACUCAUCAAUUGCUUAGGAGCUCACUUUAGGCCUACUCCAUAGUUAUAAACCCUCACAUAUCCUUAGGCAGGAUUUUAAAGCCAGUAUACGGCCACAUGAAAUACCUGUUACUAUCCUACAGUAUUGACUAUCACAUUGAAACUGAAUGUUGCUGAGCUGGGGGCGAAGGAAAGUUAUCCUACUUUGAUCGUUGAGCCACUUUAAAUACCAGAUACGUCUUUUAAAUUGGUAUUUUUACUGUAAUGAUUUUUAUUUUUGUAUAUUUGAUAUAUUCUAAGAUAAUGAGAUAUAACACAGUAUUUGUAAGUACAUUUAAGCAGUAUUAGAUGAAGGCAUAACCAGAGAGUACUGUAUACCAACCGCAGUACUACUGUAUUAUCAAAUCAAAUUUUUAUACAUUUAUCACUUUUCCAAAAACGUUUUUUUGCAAUAUCAUAAAAACACAACAUGCUAUGUGUCUAUUAGCUUCAUUUAGUGCAGCUGCAACAUGUUGAAGUUAAUGUAAUAAACAUUUAUAGUCCCCCAGAUUAAAUUGUGGCGACAGGUCUGGCUUGAACAACAACAGAAUAUUAUAGAAAUACAGGGUUCAUUAACAUAGUUUGCCCUGAUUCAAUCCUCCCUUGAGGAGGUUUAUCCUAAUCAACCAAUAAUCUGACGGCAUUCAUCCACUGAUGCAAGAUGGGCAAAUCGAAUAAAUCCGGAUUGUAAUGCAACAUACUGAGAUACUUUAAAACAAACAUUACUGUUGUCAUUAGGAUAUCUCAGCUCAGGGAGAUGUUCCACUGAACCGGCAAUUCAUUCCUCAUUAGGACCCCCUAGAACACUCUAGAACAAUGUCAUUGGGAUUCCGUUCUAUUUCUCCUGACAGCGUUCCACAGAGUUUAAAAUAUGAAGUGCCAAUAGUACCACGGAGCCAAAACAGAGAACAAUAGAUUUAAGUAUGAGCCGGGGGACCGACACAUGUUUUCAAUCAAGCCCCUCCCUCCCAGCCAUUCCUCAAUGAUGCGGAUUUCUAUACUCUUUUACUGUUGCCAUUGUUUUUCUAUUGUCAAAAUAGAGUUCCAGGUCUAUUCAAAUCUCCAGGCAUCUUAGUCUGUGAGCUAAGUGCAGCUGUUUUGGUCCAGAAGUUAUUAAGUAUCUGUAUCACAUCGUUUGUCAUAAAGGAAGGGAAUUUGGUCAUUAUUUAAGUGUUUGAGAACCAUUCUGUUCAAUGCCUUGCUACAGUUAGCUCUACAACCAAACCAAACAACAUGGCUGUUACCAUUUGACUUAUCAUAUCUGUUAUUUGGACCACAUGUGCAAAUAAAUCAUUGCAUAAGCGAUAAUAUCCCAAAUGGAAAUGUAUGUGUUUUUUCAGAAGUGUAUUUGUUCUAUAUGGGUGCUCUCCCCAGACAAUGUGAAUAAAAUGUUCAAUUCUUUUGAGGCAGCUUACGACACAAGUAUCCUUCAUCUAAGAUGGAUUGUUUAAUUAAACUCUGUAUGUUCACUGUGUUUGUAUAAACCAAGAAGCAAUAUGAUACCUAUAUGAUACUCACCCUCUUUUUCAAUAAACAUAUCAAA